AUGUCGGGCAGAGACUUCAUCAUCAAGCACAUGAAUGCCGACCACGGCGACUCACUCCAGUUGUACCUGCAAGCUUUCUGCGGUAUCACCACUAGUGAAGCCAAUGAAGCCUCCCUCGAAGACCUCGGGCUCGAUCACUUGGUCCUACGCGCCCAGGGUACACGCUACGUCGUCCCCAUCGACCCGCCGAUGGAGAACUUCACCGAGGCGCGCGGCCGCCUAGUCGCUUUGCACAAGGAGAGUCUGAAGCGACUGGGUCGCUCCGACGUCAUGCUCACCGAGUACCGCGCGCCUCGAGGCUUCCAAAUCGUCAUCUUCGGUCUUUGCCUGUUCACCUAUGUCAGCUGCUUCAAGCGCAGCAACCUCCUGCCGGGCUCGUUCGUCUAUGAGAACUUGGGUUACAAGUAUGUUCCCGACUUUGCCCAUUUUGUCUACAAUAUCCAGCCGCUCCUUUUCCCGGCGGUUGUGGGUAUUCACAUCUUCGAGUCAGUCUUGUUGGCAGUCCUUCGAUUGAAGCCGCUCGGUGUGCCCCUCAUGUCGGGACUGUGGUGCACUUGGAUGGUUUCGUGCUUCAUUGAGGGGUUCGGAACGUUCCAGCGGAUCGGGCAGAUCGUUAAGAAGGAGAGAGCGAAGAGAGGCGAUAAGAGCCAGUGA